AUGUUUAUAUUAUUAAGUUUAAUUGCUUUAUGUUAUGCUGAACAAUGUGUCCAUGAUGAGUUUGAAUUAUGCACAAGUAAUAAUUGUAAAGUUACUUGGGACUUUGUUCUUUUAGUUACAACUUGGCCAGGAGAAUUUUGUAAAACUAAAUGCUGUGAUAUGCCAACACGUCUUGGCCAAAUGACAGAUGGAUUUUCAAUGCAUGGAUGGUGGCCAUCAUUUUCUUCUGGGUCUAUGCCAGCUUGCUGUAAGUAUACUACAAGUCGUAGUGAAGUUCAAAAAGUAAUUGAGUCUGAUCCUGCUUUGUUAGAUGAUAUUGCAUUUUACUGGCCAUCUCUUUCUCGAUGUCAUUUCAUUGAAUAUGAAUAUGACAAACAUGGAGUUUGUUUAACUGAUGUAUAUACUGGAGAAAAUGGAGUUAAAGAUUAUGUUAAUGCUGCAAUUAAAUUACUUAAAAAAGCUGAUGCAUGGAAUGUGUUUAAGAGUGCUGGUGCUGUUGCUGAUGGUAAAACUAAAAUUAGUAAAAAAGUACUUCUUAAUGCUCUUGCAAAGAAAAUAGGAGUUGAAAAUGCUGCAUAUUUUAGAUGUUCAUCAAAUUCUGUUUCUGAAUUAAGAUAUUGUACAACAGUUCUUUCAUCAGACAAAGCAAACCCAAUGUUCCAACGAUGUACUGAUAAAGUACUAAGAAAAGAUAAUUGUGGUGAUGAAAUUACAUUUGCUCCACAAUUACAAUUAACACCAACUGGUUGUGAUUAUUAA